GGUGAAAAUCCACAAUUUUCAAGUGGUGUGUGAAACGAGACGCUCUCUCUUAUAUGAAUACAAUGCAAUCUUCCGCGGAAAAAAAAAAGUGGGGAGAGUCUCGGAAGUACAACGGUGGAGCACGAGCCGAAGAGUUCGCUUGCGCUGCAGCGACGGUAGCUAUAGCUGUGGAUAUGGAGCCACGGGCAACGGAGAGGAGCGGGAGUGAGCUUCUGCGAGUGGCCGAAGCUGGCCAGCUGUCGGAAGCCCAGCGACUCAUUGAGGAGGGAUUCGAUGUUUCGUGUCAGGACGAAGGGAACGGAACAAGUGCGCUUAUGCUGGCUGCUUCCAAGGGACACGUGGAAGUAGUUCGCGCACUGCUGGAAGCAGGUGCCCCAUGGAACGCUCUUGACCAGACGGGCCGGUGCGCUGGGGACUACGCCGUUGAGGCACACCAACAAGAAGUCGUCGAUCUGCUGCUGGAUGCCGCUGUCUGUGCAGAGCUGGUGUUGGGAGCCUCAGGGAGACACAUCCGUAAUGAACAAUGCAAAGCAGAAUUGCCUUCGAACGAGAGUUACUUGAAUCAGCGAGUCAAGUACGACGGAGAUAAGCUGAUUGAUGAGGAGAGCAUGGGCGUGAUGAUGGCAUGGGAAAGACCGCUCAUGGAAGCUCACGCACAGGUACAAUUGAGGGAUUACUUGCACACUGCAGUACCAGCUCCGUUGAUGGACGCCGGAGUAGAGUUUGUCGACCUUCACGACUACGUUGCGAAGAUCGAUCGCGAGUUCAAGACACAACGGGACCGGGACAAAUACAGUGGGUUCCAAAGACGGCCAUCGCCGCUCCGAAACUCUUCACAGGGGAUAAGAGAGGUCGACACGUGGUUGAGGGCAGUGCCAGUCUAUGUUAGGUGUAAACUUACCUUGCCGCACGAAGAAGUGCUUGUGGCUGCCUCCUGCCUAGAGGGUAGUGCAACAAGAUGGUUGAGUGGUUUAGUGCAGCUCCAGGGGUAUGGUCAUGACUUCCACGCUUGGGCAGUCACCCAGAAAUUGGAUGACUUCCUUAAGCUGGUGGAGGAAAGGUGGCAUGAUCCUCAGGAGGCCCAAAGGGCCACUGAUGCGAUCCUGACACUGCACACGCGGCAGUUUAAGUUAGUAAGGGAAGCCACGGACGCUGUUGAGCGUCUGAUCUUUGUCCCUGGGGUGCGCUAUGACCCCCAGGUUUUACUCACCUCGUACCUGAGAUGCUUCUCUUUGCCUCUCAGGAACCAGUUGGCAGGUGAGGCCAACAUCAAUAUGCACAACUUUCCUUCGUUCAGCAAGAAGGCCCUAAACCUUGAGGCAAAGAUAGGGCAUGGACAUGCACCCACUACGGAUGGGAGGAAGAAGACACUGCCUCCUAACUGGAAAGCGAAAGGUCGCUUGAUGUUUGUCGACAACGAUGGUUCAACCAUCGAGUUGGACGGCAACUUCCAGGAGGGAGUAGGUUCAGAGGCAGGCAGCGUAGACGCUUCAGAGGGUGGAGUAGUCGCUGUCGUAUCUCAAAAAGGAAAGACGACCGGUAGACGCCGCGGAGGCUCCUGGUCUAGGAGUCAAGUCGACCCCAACGCUCCUCCAUGGGAGAAAGCGGGUCUUACAGAGGACGUGCUGCAUUUACAGGGGCGAGUGCAGCGCCUGAGUCGACCUGUGGAGUCGACCUGUGCCAACAAACAGCGCAUGGUAGUCAAUGACUACCUCCAAGAUAUUGAGCGUUGUUUCCCGUACGUGGGAGGGGAAUUGAGACAUUGCGUCUCGUUCCUAGUGAGCGAUGAACUCCCCAUGGACAUGUUGUUAGGUAUGUGCUACCUCCCUGUGGCACAGCCCCAGUUUGACUUGGACCGAAAAGUGGUCAAACACACUUUGCCAGGUGGAGGGACGGCCAGAUUGCACAAGUUCAAAACUAGUAGUCUGAUCGAGUCCCAUGGAUGCAUGUGUGCGGCCGCGUUCUAUAACUAUUAUAAGCAAAAUCAGGAGGAGGGUAUAUACUUAGUUUAUGUCUCUGCUGCAGGCGAGCCCGUGAAAAUGUCGUUGGAGAUAGAGGGAGUAGUUGCCAAGUACCCUGAUGUAUUUGAAGAGCCUACAGGGGUUGUAGAGAGGGAGGUCGUCCAUGCGAUAGAGAUUAUCGCAGGGUCUAGCAUCUCGAAGGGUAGGAUCUAUCGGAUGUCUCCAAGCGAGCUUGAUGAGCUUCGCCGACAACUCAAGGAACUCGUAGAGAAGGGUUGGAUCCGGCCGAGUGUCUCUCCUUAUGGAUCUCCAGUACUAUUCGUACCUAAGAAGAAGGAGGGCAAACUUAGGAUGUGCAUUGACUAUAGGGGCCUCAAUGCCAUCACUGUUAAGAAUAGAGAGCCCCUACCACACAUCGAUUAUCUGUUAGAUAGAGUGCAAGGGUGUCGGUACUUCAGUAAGAUAGAUCUGAAGUCCGGGUACCAUCAGAUUGCAAUCCGGCCCGAGGAUCAGCACAAAACCGCUUUUCAGACCAGGUAUGGUCUGUACAAGUUUGUGGUGAGGCCUUUCGGCCUUUGCAAUGCUCCUGGCACCUUUCAACACGCUAUGAAUCGGAUAUUCCAUGACUACUUGGAUAAGUUUGUCAUCGUGUACCUCGAUGACAUACUUAUUUUUAGUAAGACUGUCGAGGAGCAUGUUGCACAUUUGGACAAAGUCAGCCUACUGCGACAACACAAGUUCAAGAUCAACGGUGAGAAGUGCGAGUUUGGCCGCACCCGUGUCUUGUACUUGGGCCAUGAGAUAUCUGCGGAAGGGUUAAAGCCCGAUGACGCGAAGGUGGCCAACAUUCGUGAUUGGCCACGUCCUCAGUCUGUGACUGAGAUGAGAUCUUUCUUUGGAAUGACAGACUACUAUAGGACUUUUGUUAAGAACUAUAGCAUAGUGGCCGCUCCUUUGACUGAUCUGACCCGCCUUGACACCCCAUGGGAGUGGACAGAUGAGUGCGAGACUGAUUUCAGACAUCUGAAGCAUGCGUUGAUGCACUACGAGGUCUUGAAACUUCCUGAUCCUGAUAAGCCGUUUAUAGUCACCACGGAUGCCAGCCAAUAUGGCAUUGGCGCCGUGCUCGCACAUCAGGAGGGGCCAAAGUUUAGGCCUAUGGAGUACAUGUCCAAGAAAAUGCCGUCUUAGAAGUUGGCUAAGUCCACCUAUGAGAAGGAACUCUAUGCGGUUUACAAGGCU